AUCACACAAUAUGCUCUUCUAAGAUCUUGUGAAAUCAUACUAGUAUCACCAUGUAGUGUACAAACAGUUUUCCCUACAAUUACAAAUUUAGCAAUAAAAUGGAAUAUUCAUGUUGAUAUUUUAUUGCUUCUGUCUAAGAAAAAGGCACUGGGAGAACUGUGUAUAGCUUCAUUCUUUGGCUGAUAAUAAAGAACUUCAAUAUCAAAAAAAUCUUGCAUUCUGAAACACUCCUGACACUUAUCAAGCAAUAACAUUAAUUUUCACAUGUAUGCACUGUAAGAACAUAGAUAUCCUCUGAACAAUCUGUACAUUACAUAGCAGAAUGUAUAUUAUUAGUAUCUGAGCCUUAGAAGUGAAUGUCUCAUGAUGACGUGUAUGCUUUACGUAUUACUUAUUAGUGCGUUGUUCUUUGAUUAUUUUCUGUAAAGCUACAAAUUAUUGAAAUUUUCUUGUUGGUAAAACAUCUCUAUAAUCUCAUUCACGUGGUACAAUCUAAGAGAAGCAGUAAAACAGAGAAUAUAAAACCUGUUACACUUCUCUUCAUUUGAAAACCAGACUAGCAGAUUGCAUGUGUUCAAAAAUAUUACGAGCAUGAAAGAAUGGUUUAUGUUGAAAAUGCACCAGUUUACCUAAGCCAUGGAAAAAGAUAUUCUUGUCGUUCCACUGAUAAGAAUAACGAAAAGCAAGAAUAUUAUUUCAAAAAUACCAUUAGAUAGUGACAUGCAGAAGUAUUUUAAAUGCCUGAAUUUGAAGUCUGAUACAAAGCAUUACAUAACAAAGACAAGCACGGCACGUAUCGACUAGCAACCAAGCCCCCUAGGUAAGAAUUCUGCGAAGUUUACCUAAGCCAUGGAAAAAGAUAUUCUUGUCAUUCCACUGAUAAGAAUAACGAAAAGCAAGAAUAUUAUUUCAAAAAUACCAUUAGAUAGUGACAUGCAGAAGUAUUUUAAAUGCCUGAAUUUGAAGUCUGAUACAAAGCAUUACAUAACAAAGACAAGCACGGCGUGUAUCGACUAGCAACCAAGCCCCUAGGUUAGAAAUUAUGGUAAAAAUCGUCAAAAGAGCAAAAUGUUUCCUAAAAGCAAAUGAAUUGGAUUCUUUUAAGUUUCUUUCUUGUCAAUUGACGGACACAAGCAAGGAAUGGAUCAUUAAAUUAGUUACUGCAAUGACUAUUCAUUGUAUGAAUAUGUUGUGGCCAAAAGAAACAUUAGGUGGUAAACUAAAUUAUGGAAUUUUCAUUAUAUUAUCAGGGUUAACUCUCUUCAAUUUUUUGUCAUCAAUGUACCAUGGAGCUGGAUAUUUGCCACUUAAUUGGAGACCUUGUAAAGAAGAAGACUGCCAAUUUUUGCAAAUGUGUGGGGUUUGUGAUGGGUAUAAGGCCCCUAGAUCACAUCACUGUAGAAAAUGUGGUAGAUGCGUACUGAAGAUGGACCAUCAUUGCCCAUGGAUUAACAACUGCGUAGGCUGGGGCAACCAUGCCCAUUUCACGUGCUUUCUAUUGUCCGCCACCCUCGGAUGUGCUCAGGCGGCAGUCAUCCUCUGUAUUUCCUUGUACCACUCCAUAUACUACAGAACAGCCCCUCAGUUGAUCGGUCAACCAAGAGUCCACUUGGGGCUCUAUGGUACCAUCCUGUGUGUAUUUGCACUUGGUUUUUCUAUCGGGGUCGUUAUUGCCGUCGGUAUGCUGUUGUGGCUUCAGGUUCGAGCGAUAAUCCGUAAUCGCACUGGAAUUGAGGAUUGGAUACUGGCAAAAGCAAACUUCCGUAGAUCAGAAGCUACUGCAAAUAGUAGUAGUAGUAGUGAUGCAAAUAUGGGGGAACGUUUUGUUUUUCCAUACGAUCUAGGAAUACGCAGAAAUAUCCAGCAAGUGAUGAACUGGACCUGCCAACCUGUUGGAGACGGCAUCCAUUGGCCAGUGCAAUAUGGAUGUGACCAAUACACAUUAACUAGAGAGCAGUUAGCACAAAAGAACGAAAAAAGGCUGAAAACACGUUUGUACACCAUAUUUAGACCAGUUUCGGGGUAUUGGUUUCCGAUAUUCAGCCAUGGGAUUCGGGUUUGCUUGAAUUUUCCGUGCACAGAUGAACCAAGGAUAAAACUGGCCAUAGGAGAUAAAGUUCAGGUUACCAGAUGGAGAAAACAUUGGUUAUUUGGAGAACUUGUACAGCAGCGUGAUGAAAUAAGUACGGAAGAAAGAAACAGAUAUGAUACAUCAGAAAGAGUAAGAGGAUGGUUCCCCAGGAGAUGUGCCGUUGAAACCAAUCGUGUGAACUAUAAAAAUGGAGUCAGCUCUCAAAACAACAAGAAGAUCGACUGACGUUUAGAGUCAGAGGGUAAAAACACGGUAUCCUUAUUAUGGGCAAGACUCCUCGAUGGGUUUUCCAGGAGGUGGAAUAUGCACCAGAAUAUGAAAAGGAAUGUCAACGCACAAAGCAAGGAAAAGAAAGAAGAAAAUGCUACAUCGUUACUGCGGAAAACCAAGUAAUGUCCUGUGAUGGAUGGGAAUGAAAAUAACGUGCCAUGAGUACCAUAAAAUGUAAAUAAAUACAAGUAGUUCUUACUUCAGCACGUCUCAAGGAGUCGAAAAAAAAGCCUCUGCUAAUAAAAGUGGGAAGGAUCUCAAAGUGCUGAAUAUAUGCAGCCACUUGUAAAUGUAACUAUGCCAAAAAUACAACGUGCAAAAGAAUCUUUAAACAAUUUUUUAACGGGUUCUUUAUUAUCAUUAUAUCAGACUUCAUGGAUAAGUAUUUGCACACAAUUAAAUUUAAUCAUAUGUAUAAUUGUAUGGGAGAUUCCUCGAACGAGAAAAAUGCUUUAAAACUGAAUGAAUUGAAUUAUUGUACCGUGUGUUUAAUAUUUAUUGCUUUAUAAUUUAUGUAGCAAAAUAAAAAACAAGAAUUUAUUUCGUCC